CCGCCUCCCGGCGGGGCCCGGCCCGGUGGCGGCGCAGAGGCUGCGGGCGGCGGCGGGCACGGGCAGGAGGAGCGCGGCGGGCGCCGUGCGGGGACGCGAUGCACUCGCUCUUCAGGAAACGCAACAAAGGGAAAUACAGCCCCUCCGUGCAGAAGAAGAGCAUCUCCAGCAAAGAGCUGACCGAGCUCAUCGAGCGCCUGCAGAAAAAUGCCGACCAGGUGGAGAAAAACAUCGUGGAGACCGACUCCCGAAUGCAAAAUGACCUGCACAAGAUCAAGGCGUGCCAGCUGGCACAGUACAAGGAGCUGACAGCACAGAAACUCUCUGAGUCUGACAAGCUGCUCUACGUGCUGGAUGGGGAUGCAGCCGUGGCCCGGCACAUGAAGCACCCCCAGGGGGACAUGAUCACAGAAGACAUCCGGCAGCUGAAGGAGCGCGUGGCAAACCUGAAAGUGAAACAUGACCAGAUCUACAACUUCCCCCUGCAGCACAUUGAGCCCCAGGUCAACUGGUCAACAGUGAUCGAGGAGAAGCAGGAUGCACUGAGCAGCAAAGGCUUUGGGACUGACCUGCCGCUGGUCAACAGCCAAGUAGAAGAGCACAACAUCUUCCACAACGAGGUCAUGGCCAUCGGGCCACACAUCGUCAAGGAAGGAAGCAAGGAAAACUUGAGUGACUUCCAAGCCAAAUACCAGAAGCUGCUGGCCGGCUCGCAGCAGCGGCAGCAGGACCUGAACUCGCUGCAGGAUUACAUGCAGCGCUGCACCAACAAGCUCUACUGGCUGGAUCAGCAGGCCAAGGACAGGACCCAUUACGACUGGAGCGACCACAACCUGGACUACCCCAGCCGGCGCCGCCAGUACGAGAACUUCAUCCACCGGAAGCUGGAGGAGAAGGAGGAGGCCAUCAACAAGCUGCACGCUGAUGGGGAUCAGCUGCUGGCCCAGAACCACCCCGGGAAGAACGCCAUUGAGGCUCACAUCGAGGCCGUGCACGCCGACUGGAAGGAGUAUCUGAACCUGCUGAUCUGCGAGGAGAGCCACCUGAAGUUCAUGGAGGACUUCCACAAGUUUCAGAAGGACACCAAGGAUGCUCAGGAGCUUUUGAAGAAGGUGGAUACAGACCUGGACCAAAAAUUCAGCCCGGAGUUCAAGGACAGAUACCAGCUGGAGUCUCUCCUCCGGGAGCUGGAUGGGUAG